AUGCCCUUCAGCCCUACAGAAGACGCGUCCAAGCCAAGCGAAGAGCAGAUACUCGUGUUGCUGGGUCAAAUACAGGACUGGCAAAUUAAUCAUGGAUCCCUACUCAAGCUGAUUGAGUCCCAAACAGAACACAGUGUGCUAUCAUAUCCGGUAGGAGUCACUGUCUUUCCAACUGUCUUCCCGCGGUUGCAGUUCUGCCGGGCGAUGUGUCUUCAGCCUAUAUACAAUGAGCUUUACGCUGCUAUUGCUGGGGACGAAGAUUGGCUGUACAAAGUAACAAAAGAGCUUAUACCCGUCGAGCCUCUUGCAGGCGCGCUAUGGGAUAUCUAUGAACAAGCCAAAAGAGCAGGAAUCACGCAACAGAUCUCAGCUGGAAUCUUCCGAUCUGAUUAUAUGCUGCAUUUGGAUGAUCAGAGCUCUCCUGAUUCUCGAUCAGAUAUCUUCAAAACCUCACUGAAACAAGUCGAAUUCAAUGCCUUUUCAUGCGCGGGUGCCAGCCACUCAAAAAGGGUUGCAGAUAUGCAUCGUUACAUGACUCGAAUCGGUGCCUAUGAUCUUGAAACGGGAACCGAAGCACAUGAACAAGACACCCCAUCACUUCCGCCAAAUGACAAUAUAGAGUCCCUUGCCUCUUUUUUGGCUACAGCUCAUACUGCAUAUGGCCCCCCAAAGAGCAAAGCAUCGAGACAGACGGCUAUUCUGUAUAUUGUGCAACCGAACAACUUCAAUAUUGCAGAUGAAAGACCAAUAGAGUACGCAUUAUGGAACCAAGAAAAGCCAAUAUUGACGUAUCGACUCGACUGGGGAGACGACAUUCUUCAAUAUACCUCCCUUACCGAGUCUCGAGAAUUGUUAUUCCAUCCACCUUGGCGGAAAGGGAGAGCUCCGAUGGAAGUCUCUGUCGCUUAUCUCAGAGCUGGAUACGAGGCACACGAGUAUGACCUUACUGGGCGGGAAGCACGUCUGCGAAUCGAGAUCUCUUCUGCCAUCAAAUGCCCGUCAAUUUUGUCGCACAUAUCGACCUUUAAGAAAGUCCAACAAUCAUUGACUGUUCCUGGGGAAAUUCAACGGUUUAUCUCCUCUCAAAAGGCGAAAGAACUCUAUGAAACCUUUGUCAAGAUCCAUCCUUUAGAUGAAUCCCCAGAGGGCCUGCGUGCUCGAAAACUAGUCAGUGAUCGGCGGUGCUCGAACUAUAUAUUGAAACCUUCUCUGGAAGGUGGAGGUCAUAAUGUUUAUGACCGAAUUCCGGAGUUCCUCGCUUCUAUUCCUGACUCUCGAUGGUCAUCUUACGUCCUCAUGGAACGUAUUCUUACCCCAGUGUCAUGGAAUGUGUUGGUAGGCCCAAACGGUGUUGAUGGAGGCGAUGUGGUGUCAGAAUUAGGUAUCUUUGGAGCUUGUAUUUGGAAAGAUACUACCGAAAAAGGGGCAGAUCUUCUGCAUAACUCCUGCUCUGGCUGGUCAUUCAAGACCAAACAUUCAGAUGUUGAUGAGAUGAGCGUUGUCAAGGGAUACGGGUGUUUUGAUACACCUCGGUUGAUAGAAUCAUAA